AUGAAGUGGGAGAGAUUCUUAUCGAUCCCAGUUUGUAGUGCGUUUUUGUUGAUGGGUUUUGUUUAUUACAUAACGGUUUUCGUAUGUAUUGAAGAUUUGGUUGGGUUACGGAGCUCAGCUGGGACUUUGAAUGCUACGAUCUUUACUUUUCUGGCUUCUUCGUGUCUCUUCACCUUUCUUGUCUGUGUUUUAACCGACCCUGGUUAUGUUCCUUCCCCUUAUGUUCCUGAUGUUGAAGGAGAUGCUGUCCCGCCACAUCAAAAACCACUUAAUAACGUCAUGAUAAUCAACCAUGCUUUUCAAAAGAACUGGAAUUUCGGUGGAAGAAUUCCUAUGAAGGUUGUUUCUGCUGUUUCUGGAGCAAUGAUGUUUGGCUUGAGCAUAACAUUUGGAACUCUUUUGGGUUGGCAUAUUUACCUGAUGUCUCGCAAUAUGACAACCAUAGAAAAUUAUGAAGGAAUACGAGCGGCAUGGUUGGCCAGGAAAUCUGGACAGAGUUAUCGACAUCCAUUCAACCUUGGUGUUUAUGAAAAUAUCACAUCGAACCAUUCAGACGUUGAAAAACUCUGUGAUGGAGAUAAAGUAUUAAUUGACGAGGAAGACAACAUUAUGAGAGCUAGGAGGUAG